CAACUCAAAUCAAAGUAUGCCUAUUAGCAGUUAGUAUCACUACCACGUUUUUCCGUAAACACAUACAAAAAUAAACAAAUGGGCGCCUUGGCAGAAGUUGCAGGCGAUGAGAGUAAUGGUGAGGGCUCACGCACAUUUGUCUUUGAAAAUGAAACCCAUACAUUGGGAAACGCGCUAAAGACAAUCGUUGCGCGUUACCCAGAAGUGGACUUCUGUGGCUACACAAUACCGCAUCCCACCGAGAACAAACUUCACUUUCGCAUUCAAUCAAAUCGGGAACGAGCUAUAGAUUUACUUAAGCGUGGGCUGGAGGAUCUGGAGGCGCUCUGCGACCACACAAUAGUUACGUUUGAGAAGGAAAUGAAUACAUUUAAUGCUGCGAAUGCCGAGAGUACAUAAUAAAUAGUAUGCUAAUAAAAAAUAAGCCUAAGUCUA